UGCAAAUAGAGCCGAAAACAAGCAUACCGUAGCAGCCAGCGUGGUGUUAACUGCAGACCUGUCAGUUCGUUAACCGCAUGUCUCAUCUAGGCCAACAGCUCGAUCAUUUAUUGGCCAUAUCUUGUUUUAUCUCCAUGUUUGCUCGAGCAGGAUGUCUUCCCAGGGUGGCAUGGACCGGCUGCCGAAGAAUGGGGAAUUUUACAUCCUCCACUACUGGGGGUUUGUCCAGCACAGCCUGUGUACAGUAUGUUCGGGAGAUGGUGUCACAGAACUGUGUUGUGAUAUUUUCGAAGACCACCUGCCCUUAUUGCAAAAUGGCCAAGAAUGUGUUCAAUGAAAUUGGUGCAACCUACAAAGUGAUUGAACUGGAUGAGCACAAUGAUGGGAGGAGACUGCAAGAGGCCUUAGCUCAGAUGACUGGUGCCAGAACGGUGCCGAGAGUCUUUAUUAACGGAAACUGCAUCGGGGGUGGCUCUGAUACCAAGCAGCUCCAUCAGCAGGGGAAGUUGAUGCCCCUGAUCGAACAGUGUGCUCCCUGCUGUGCUGCGACCAGCUCAGAAGGCUCGGGCAGCGGACAGUUUGAGUCCACUAAAUGACUAACCGUUCUAGUAGUUUUUUCCAAUCCUGUAUUUAUUAAAUGUUUGCUUGAUCUUGUGCUACAAGUAGUACAUUGCUUAAGCACAACUAUGUUAUUCAUUUAUCAAAGUGCACUGGAUACUUGACGUUAGGCUACAUGCAUUUUCAACCGGGCAUAUACAGUAUUAUUAUUAUUAUAUUAUUAUUAUUAUUAUUGUUAAGAUCAUUAUUAUUAUUAUUAAAGCAGCCAUCUUUUAAACUAAACCUGUAAAUAGUGGAACUAUUUGUCAUACUUCUCGUCUGCAUGGGUGUUUUAUUGAACAAUAUUGCAGUCAUAAAAAAAACAUGAUCUCUUUAAGCAUCAAACUGAACAUCAUGAAGUAUUCAUGUUAGGAUUCAACACUCAUCUUUAAAAUGAGUUUAUUUGAGAGUCCUUUUAAUGCAAGAUUGAAAGCACUUCAGAUGUUUGAUUAGGACAUUUUAUUGUAUUUGAAUAUAUCUUAUUGAGAAAUGUAUGUUAUUUACAUAAACUGAAAAAUAGAGUAAUUUUGUAUUUUUUGUUGCUUGUGGAAGCAUUUUUUUAUGUCAACAGCUGUGUGAUUUCAGCAGUAGCUGUGUUUGUCUGAAUUUUUGAUUUGAUUUUUAGGAUUGACUUAGAAAAGUGUAUGAAUAUCCUAAUGAAUCAUGAUGCUGGUCAGUAUUAUGAAUGUAUAGAUUAAUUGGCGUAUGUAUGAAGUGACAACCAGUGUGAAACGUUUUUAAAUGCCUUGAAUGUGUAUUUAUGAUGAAUAAAGUCCACUAUCAGCGUCAAA